UCAUGGAGGCUGAGCAUUUAUUCAGGAGUCCAUAGAGGCUACUGUAUAUUAUUGAAGAACAUGUCUAACAGUAACACUACUCAAGAGACCCUGGAAAUAAUGAAAGAGUCAGAAAAAAAACUGGUGGAAGAAUCCGUAAACAAAAACAAGUUUAUAUCUAAGACUCCAAGUAAGGAAGAAAUUGAGAAAGAAAGUGAAGAUACCAGUUUGCGUCAGGAGACACAGAGGCGGACAUCCAACCAUGGUCAUGCCAGGAAAAGAGCCAAGUCUAAUUCCAAGUUGAAGUUGGUGCGCAGCCUGGCAGUGUGUGAAGAGUCCUCCACCCCAUUUGCUGAUGGGCCGCUAGAAACCCAGGAUAUAAUUCAAUUGCACAUCAGUUGCCCCUCUGACAAGGAGGAAGAAAAGUCCACAAAAGAUGUCUCUGAAAAGGAAGACAAGGACAAAAACAAAGAAAAGGUCCCAAGGAAGAUGCUAUCCAGAGACUCCAGCCAAGAAUAUACGGACUCUACUGGAAUAGACCUACAUGAAUUUCUUGUAAAUACACUGAAAAAAAACCCAAGGGACAGAAUGAUGCUGCUAAAAUUAGAACAGGAGAUUCUGGAAUUUAUUAAUGACAACAAUAACCAGUUCAAGAAGUUCCCUCAGAUGACCUCAUACCACCGGAUGCUAUUACACCGAGUAGCUGCCUAUUUUGGGAUGGACCACAAUGUUGAUCAAACUGGGAAAGCUGUCAUCAUCAACAAAACCAGUAACACAAGAAUCCCUGAACAGAGGUUCUCAGAACAUAUAAAGGAUGAGAAGAAUACAGAAUUUCAACAGAGAUUCAUUCUCAAGAGAGACGAUGCCAGUAUGGACCGAGAUGAUAACCAGAUCAGAGUUCCAUUGCAGGAUGGAAGGAGGAGCAAGUCAAUAGAAGAGAGAGAGGAGGAAUAUCAAAGGGUCCGAGAGAGAAUAUUUGCCCGAGAGACUGGCCAGAACGGAUAUCUAAAUGACAUCAGACUCUCCAAAGAAGCCUUUUCUUCUAGCUCUCACAAGAGAAGGCAGAUUUUUAGGGGGAACCGUGAAGGGCUGAGCCGCACCUCAAGCAGCCGCCAGAGCAGCACAGACAGCGAACUCAAAUCCCUGGAGCCACGGCCUUGGAGCAGCACAGACUCUGAUGGCUCUGUCCGGAGCAUGCGACCCCCUGUCACCAAAGCCAGCAGCUUCAGUGGAAUCUCUAUCCUCACCCGAGGUGACAGCAUUGGCAGCAGUAAAGGUGGCAGUGCAGGAAGGAUCUCCAGGCCAGGUAUGGCACUAGGUGCCCCAGAAGUGUGCAACCAGGUCACCUCAUCCCAGUCUGUCCGGGGCCUUCUCCCUUGUACUGCCCAGCAGCAGCAGCAGCAGCAGCAGCAGCAGCAACUUCCUGCUCUCCCACCCACGCCUCAGCAACAGCCACCCUUGAGUAAUCACAUGAUCUCACAGGCAGAUGACCUCAGCAAUCCCUUUGGACAAAUGAGCCUUAGCCGCCAAGGCUCUACUGAAGCAGCUGACCCAUCUUCAGCUCUGUUCCAGCCCCCGCUUAUCUCCCAGCACCCUCAGCAGACUAGCUUCAUCAUGGCUUCCACGGGACAGCCCCUCCCCACUUCCAACUAUUCCACCUCUAGCCAUGUACCACCUACUCAGCAAGUCCUGCCACCCCAGGGCUACAUGCAGCCCCCUCAACAGAUCCAGGUUUCCUACUAUCCCCCUGGACAGUAUCCUAACUCCAACCAGCAAUAUCGACCUCUCUCUCACCCGGUGGCCUACAGCCCCCAACGUGGUCAACAGCUGCCUCAGCCAUCCCAGCAGCCUGGUUUACAGCCCAUGAUACCUAACCAGCAGCAGGCGGCUUACCAAGGCAUGAUCGGGGUCCAGCAGCCACAGAACCAGGGCCUGCUCAGCAACCAGAGGAGCAGCAUGGGGGGCCAGAUGCAAGGCCUGGUGGUUCAGUACACUCCACUGCCUUCUUACCAAGUUCCAGUGGGUAAUGACUCACAAAAUGUGGUCCAGCCGCCUUUCCAACAACCCAUGCUGGUCCCUGCAAGCCAGUCUGUGCAAGGAGGCCUCCCAGCAGGGGGUGUGCCAGUGUACUACAGCAUGAUCCCCCCGGCUCAGCAGAAUGGUACGAGCCCUUCUGUGGGGUUUCUGCAACCUCCUGGCUCUGAGCAGUACCAGAUGCCUCAGUCUCCCUCUCCCUGCAGUCCACCACAGAUGCCACAGCAGUACUCAGGAGUGUCACCUUCUGGACCAGGUGUAGUGGUCAUGCAGCUGAAUGUUCCUAAUGGACCCCAGCCCCCACCAAACCCAUCCAUGGUCCAAUGGAGUCACUGUAAAUAUUACAACAUGGACCAGCGGGGUCAGAAGCCUGGAGACCUAUACAAUCCUGACAGUAGUCCCCAGGCCAGCACACAGAUGAGCAGCAGCCCUAUCACAUCUCCUACCCAGUCUCCAGCACCUUCUCCUGUCACCAGCCUCAGUAGCGUCUGCACAGGACUCAGUCCCCUGCCUGUCCUUACACAGUUUCCCCGGCCUGGGGGUUCAGCACAGGGUGAUGGACGCUACUCCCUCUUGGGCCAGCCAUUACAGUACAAUCUGUCCAUCUGCCCUCCCUUGCUCCACAGCCAGUCGACUUACACAGUGCACCAGGGACAGAGUGGACUGAAGCAUGGAAACCGGGGCAAGCGACAAGCUCUCAAAUCUGCCUCCACUGACCUGGGGACGGCAGACGUUGUCCUGGGGCGGGUGCUGGAGGUGACAGAUCUCCCUGAGGGCAUCACCCGUACUGAGGCGGACAAACUCUUCACGCAGCUUGCCAUGUCCGGUGCCAAGAUCCAGUGGCUCAAAGAUGCUCAGGGGCUGCCCGGUGGGGGUGGGGGUGACAACGGUGGGACUGCCGAGAAUGGCCGCCACUCGGACCUCGCUGCCUUGUACACCAUCGUGGCUGUGUUCCCCAGCCCCCUGGCUGCCCAAAAUGCCUCCCUUCGUCUCAACAACUCCGUGAGUCGCUUCAAACUUCGAAUGGCCAAAAAGAACUAUGACCUGAGGAUCCUGGAGCGAGCCAGCUCCCAAUAAAUGGAGGAGGGGAAGGGACCGGCACAGUAGGGGCGGAGGCAGGGUG